GCUCCAAAAUUCCCACCCCAUUUAGCUACAUGGCUCGUCUCUCCUCUUCACAUCUCACGCGCGAAGCAUAAUGGCGCUCCGCCAAAUCUACCACCACGAGACCGGCCUCCGCCCCUCCUCCUCAUCCAGUCUCGUUGGGAUUCCCGUCCCCAAUCCCGGCCGCCUCCGGUUCAAGCCCUCCCCCGCGCUGCCGCUAGCGCGGCCAAGAAGCGAGCUUGGCGGCGGCGAAGAGCAGGGCAAGGCGGAGAAGGGCGAUGGGGAUGCCAAGAAGGGGAGGAGGAAGGAGGGGGUGACGCUCGACGACGUGAACCCCGUGGGGCUCGGCCGGCGGUCGCGGCAGAUCUUCGACGAGGUGUGGCGCAAGUUCUCCGGGCUCGGCCAGAUCUCGCGGUCCCUCACCGACGAUGACGACGGCCUCCUCCUCAUCCGCGGUCCCAUGUGCGAGUUCACCGUCCCCGAGGCCCAGGACACCACCGUCCUCGUCGUCGGCGCCACCAGCCGGAUCGGCCGGAUCGUCGUCCGGAAGCUCAUGCUCCGUGGCUACAAGGUCAAGGCUUUAGUAAGAAAAGCUGAUCCCGAAGUGAUAGAUAUGCUUCCAAGAUCUGUAUCCAUAGUGGUUGGUGAUGUGGGUGAACCUUCAACACUGAGAGCUGCUGUCCAAGGUUGCAAUAAAAUAAUAUACUGUGCAACUGCACGCUCUGCUAUUACUGGGGACCUAAACAGAGUUGACUACCAAGGAGUCUGCAAUGUCACCAAAGCAUUUCAGGAUUAUAACAACCAGCUAGCACAGCUAAGAGCUGGUAAGAGCAGCAAAAGCAAACUCUUGCUUGCUAAGUUUAAAUCUGCUGAGUCACUAGAAGGUUGGGAAGUUCGCAAGGGAACCUACUUUCAGGAUGUAGUUGCUGCCAAAUAUGACGGAGGAAUGGAUGCAAAAUUUGAAUUUACAGAGACUGGUGAUGCUGUCUUUUCUGGAUAUGUUUUCACUAGAGGUGGAUAUGUUGAACUUUCAAAAAAGUUCUCUCUUCCAUUGGGUUCAACCCUUGACAGAUAUGAUGGUUUGCUUCUAUCUGUUGGUGGAAAUGGGAAGUCGUAUAUAUUGAUACUUGAGACUGGCCCACUAGCUGAUACUUCUCAAAGCAAAUUGUAUUUUGCUCGAAUAAACACAAAAGUGGGUUUCUGCAGGGUAAGAGUACCCUUUUCAUCUUUUCGUCCAGUAAAACCAGAUGAUCCUCCACUAGACCCUUUCCUUGUGCAUACAUUGACAAUCCGAUUUGAGCCAAGAAGACAGAAACUUGUCGAAGCACCUGGAGCAAAUAAGCAGGAUCCCAGAAGCUUCAAAUUGAUAAUGGAAUACAUAAAAGCCUUACCUACUGGCAUUGAAACCGACUUCAUAUUGGUUUCAUGCACAGGAUCUGGUAUUGAAUCAAGCAGAAGAGACCAGGUCCUCAAAGCCAAGAAGGCUGGCGAGGAUGCAUUAAGACGAUCAGGCCUCGGGUAUACGAUCAUUCGCCCCGGUCCUUUGCAGGAAGAACCUGGUGGCCAGCGUGCACUGAUCUUUGAUCAAGGGAACAGGAUCUCUCAGGGUAUCAGCUGUGCUGAUGUAGCAGAUAUCUGUGUCAAGGCAUUGCAUGACUCAACGGCAAGAAACAAGAGUUUUGAUGUGUGCUAUGAGUAUGUUGCAGAGCAAGGGAAUGAGCUUUACGAACUGGUAGCACAUUUGCCUGACAAAGCAAACAACUACCUGACACCAGCUUUGUCUGUUCUGGAGAAGAAUACCUGAGAUCAUCGCCUACAGCAAUAUCGUUCCCUCUUGUAAAGCUCUAUGAGUUUUCUUUUUUUCUCUUUUUUGGUUCGACAGAUAGUAGUUCUAAAUCAUCAUUUUGAUGUAAAUGUAUACCGGCAAUGAUAGUGAUGACAUGUUUUUUCUUUCUCCAAACUUCCCUGUAGUUAAAGAAAUUUAUAAAUGUGGAUUUGCUUCCUGA